AUGCGGCUCGCGACCAAGUUGUUGCGACCAAGUUAUAAGUACAUAAAGCAAGUCCGUGUCGAACCCUCGACGUGCAACAACGACAUCAAUAAAACCAAGAGAAAAGCGUUCGCUGACACGUUGCUCAUGCAUAUGGCGCGUGGUGACUAUAUCGUGUAUUACGAUGAAACGAACUACAAUCUGUACAGCAGGCGAACACAAGGUCGCGCCAAGGUGGGCCAACGUGUCGUCGCCGUGCUUCAACUGUCAAAGGGAGCGAAUCUUCAGUUCAAGUGCGCUGCAUCGACAACCGACGGCCUCAUCCUACACCGCAUGCAACGGGGAAGCAUUCGGAUGGAAGAAAACGCAGAAUUUGCAGAAGCCAUCUACCAUGCCGUCAAGUCGCUGCCAUCGUUCCAAGCCGAAUUCUGCGGCAAGGUCGUGGUCAUCGCACCCGCCCACAGCCAAACUGAGACCCGCAUGCCUGGGCACGAUGACUCCGUCUUGCUACGCCUUGGACCGCACUUGCCGAUGUGCAAUCCUAUUGAGGGUUGCUUCAGCGUGCUGAAGGCUAAAAUCAAGAACUUUCUCGCCUCAAGACGUUCGGAAAUGCUUACCGCUGGCGCACACGCUACGUUGACGGAGGCGCGAAUGGACCUCUUGGAACGUGCAGCUGUUGAAUCAUUGUCUUGCUUGACCGCCGUCUUGACGACAAAGAUGUCUUUGCACUAUGACCUACUCAAGAACACGUCAACCAGGGAGUCCUGA